AUGGACUUUGUGAAACUGCUUUUCAUUUCUCCAGAAGUCAACCCCAGUAACCGGAAAGCCUUGUCGAUUCCCGUCUUCAACCCCUUUGACAGGUAUGGCCGUGUUUUCACGUUCUCAUGGCUGGGGUUCAUGGUUGCGUUCCUCUCGUGGUACGCAUUUCCGCCUCUGUUGACGGCCACAAUUAAAGAUGACCUGGGCAUGACCCAGCAACAAGUUGCAAACUCGAAUAUCGUUGCUCUCCUCGCCACACUCAUAGUCAGACUCAUCGCCGGACCACUAUGCGACCGCUUCGGCCCCCGUCUUGUCUUCGUCGGUCUUCUCCUCUGUGGCUCCAUCCCAACUGCCAUGGCCGGCCUCGUCACCAAUCCUCAAGGUCUGAUCGCACUGCGCUUCUUCGUUGGCAUUCUUGGAGGCACAUUUGUCCCCUGCCAGGUCUGGUGCACCGGGUUCUUUGAUAAGAAGAUUGUUGGAACAGCCAAUUCCUUGGCUGGUGGUUGGGGAAACUCUGGUGGUGGUAUCACAUAUUUUAUCAUGCCUACUGUGUAUGACUCCCUCGUCCAUUCCCAGGGUCUCGCGCCACACAAGGCAUGGCGAGUCGCCUAUGUGAUUCCAUUCAUCAUCAUCGUGGCCCUGGCUGUGGCUAUGCUCUUCACUUGUGACGACACGCCCAUGGGCAAAUGGUCCGAACGCCACAUCUGGAUGAAAGAAAACAGUCCCCAGGCCGCCAACGCGAACAUCGUCGAUAUCACCUCCGAUAACCCCUCCAGCCGCACAUCCGGUGCACCCUCUAUCAGCCAAGUCGUUGCUGUCUCCGACGUCGAAAAGAAAGGCGCAGAAACCCCCAACAACAACAUCGACACCGAAGCUCAAACAACAGGACAGGUUGGCAUCCUCGACACAACCACAACGCCUCCGACCCCCUCCCACAAAGAAACCCUCAGCAUCAUGUUCAGCCUUUCCACCCUCGCCGUCGCAGUUCCCUAUGCCUGCUCCUUUGGCUCCGAACUCUCGAUUAACUCCAUCCUUGGCGAUUACUACGCUCAGAACUUCCCCUACAUGAGCCAGACCCAGACAGGACAAUGGGCCGCCAUGUUCGGAUUGCUGAACAUUGUCUGCCGUCCGGCUGGCGGAUUUGUCGCGGAUCUUGUGUACCGGUAUACCGAAACAGUGUGGUCGAAGAAGAUCCUCCUCGUAUUCCUGGGCGUUAUUAUGGGAGCUUUCCAGCUUGCGAUGGGCCUUUCGGAUCCGAAGGACGAGGCUACUAUGUUCGGGCUUACAGCCGGACUGGCGUUUUUCUUGGAAGCGUGUAACGGGGCAAACUUUGCGCUUGUGCCGCAUGUGCAUUCGUUCGCUAAUGGCAUUGUCUCCGGUACUGUCGGCGGAAUGGGAAAUCUCGGAGGUAUCAUCUUCGCCAUCAUCUUCCGGUACAACGCGAGCCACUAUGCGCGUUCAUUAUGGAUCAUUGGGGUUAUUUGCAUUGCUGGAAACAUGCUUCUUUCUUGGAUCCGGCCUGUGCCUAGGGGCCAGACAACACGGUCAUGA